AUGGAAAUGAAUUUCUAUAUGGCCAUCAGCCUUCUCCAACAGCCAUUUGAACAGCUUCUUCAAGAAUGCCCACCCAAUUGCAUCUUGGUGGACAUGAUGUUUACUUGGGCUUCAGAGGCUGCCUCUAAAUUUGGGAUUCCAAGGCUAUGUUUCCACGGAACUGGUUUUUUCCCUCUAUGUCUCUACUAUAGUUUAAAUGAGCAUCAACCAUACAAAACCGUAACAUCUGACGAUGAACCCGUCACGGUACCAGGUCUUCCAGACCAAAUAGAGUUCACAAGACGACAACUUUCAGUUGGUGUGGAAGAAGAAAUAGAUAACGAAUUGUUGACUAAGAUGGUGGAGCAAGGUAUACAAGCAGAGAUUUCAAGCUAUGGGAUUGUGGUGAACAGUUUCCAUGAGCUGGAACCAGCUUACUCAGAUCACUAUAGGAAGGUUAUGGGAAGAAAGGCAUGGCAUAUUGGCCCUGUUUCACUUUGCAACACAGACAUCAAUGACAAAGCACAACCAGGAGAAAUAGCUUCCGUUAGUGAACAUGAAUGUUUGAGAUGGCUGGACUCGAAAGAACCCAACUCGGUUCUCUAUGUAUGCUUUGGAAGCAUGGCCAGAUUUUCUGUCGCUCAGCUACUUGAGAUGGCUAUGGGGCUGGAAGCUUCUGGACAACACUUCAUUUGGUUUGUGAGAGAGGAAGGGCAUAAAAGUAGCGAAGAAAAGGAUGAAUGGUGUCUUGAAGAAUUUGAGAAGAAAAUGGAGGGAAAAGGUCUGAUAAUAAGGGGAUGGGCACCCCAGACGGUGAUUCUAGAUCAUGAAACCGUUGGAGGGUUCAUGACUCAUUGUGGAUGGAACUCAACUCUGGAGAGUGUCGCUGCUGGGUUGCCAAUGGUCACAUCAUUCACAUGGCCUCUCUCGGCAGAGCAAUUUUACAAUGAAAAGCUGGUUACAGAUGUUCUGAAAAUAGGAGUGGCAAUUGGAACCCAGGAAUGGUCAAGAUGGUUUGAAGAUAAAAAGACUAUAGUGAAGAGGGAGGAUAUAAAGAAGGCAGUGAAUCAGUUAAUGGUUGGUGAAGAAGCAGAAGAAAUGAGAAACCGAGCCAAGUCAUUCAAAGAGAUGGCAAAGAGAGCUACUGAAGAAGAAGGAUCUUCAAACUCUGAUCUGAAUGCUUUGUUAGAAGAAUUAAAGUUAAACUGCCCUUAG